AGUGGGUGGGUGCACAAACAUCUCGUCCUCUCUCAGGAAGCAUCAGUUUAAUGCACUUUCGCACAUAUGACCACUGACAUGGCAGCUGACCAGAGAAAAGAACCAGGCGUUGUGAUUAAAGACGGAUGGUCAGGUUACAGUUUGGAGCUGUUUAAUUAUCCUGAGCAUUACCAGGGUGAUCUGGAGUGUGUGUACAUCCCUAAUGGAGUCAUUAUGAACAGGAUUGAGUGUCUGGCCAGAGACAUCCUUGAAGACAUCGGGCAUCAUGACUUGAUGGUUCUGUGUGUUCUGAAGGGAGGAUACAAGUUCUGUUCUGACCUGGUGGAGUCGAUCAAAGCUCAGAGUCGCAGCGCCAACAGAAGACUGACCACCAGAGUAGAGUUCAUCCGUUUUAAGAGCUAUCUGAAUGACCAGUCCACUGAAGAUCUGCACAUUAUUGGACCAGACGACCUCUCCGUGCUGAAAGGAAAGAAUGUCUUGAUAGUGGAGGCAAUAGUGGAUACAGGAAAGACAAUGAGAGCCCUUCUACAGCACGUGGAGACAUUCCAGCCCAAAAUGGUUAAAGUUGCAGGGCUGCUGGUGAAGAGGGUUCCUCACGGGGCGGCAGAGCUCCCUGACUAUGUUGGGUUUGUUAUUCCCAAUCGUUUUGUGGUGGGUUACGCUCUGGACUACAAUGAGUACUUCAGGGACCUCAAUCACAUCUGCGUCAUCAGUGAGACGGGGAAACAGAAAUAUAAAGUGUGACAAAACUGCUUUCAAGAGGAAUGGACAUUUAUAUUACCGUAACGGAUGAAAAACUCAUUCUGACACAAGAUUACUGUGUUCUCAAAUAAGAGAUCUGAUAUCUGUAACUGACAUGCUGAAUUAUGUUUGAAAUAUUAUAUAAUGUGUUUUGCAUGUAUUGGGUAAAGUCACAUCGCAAUACUAACGUGAUAUGAUGUGGAAAACAGACUUACUCUCUUCCAAUUUAUAUUCUGUAUCAGUGUAAGAGCCCAGCUGUUCAUUGAGCCCAUCCAUGCCAAUGAAGACAUCCUAUGCUUUUCCUAUGUAGGGUUGUAGGGAUGCAGGAGCUUAUCCCAACAUCACGGGCAUCAAAAAUAUGUUAAUAUAAAUAACAAAAAUUUGGACAGUAUAGCUAUAUACACACACAAUUUUAUUUUUGCAUCUUUGCAAAAAUGUAAAAAUGUUACAGGUGAUAAAAAAAAGCUUAAAACCUAACAACUGAAAAGGCAAGGAAAAAUAUAGAUAGAUAGAUAGAUAGAUAGAUCAUCUAUUAUACUGUAUAUUAUAUCAUAUUUAUUAUAUGUUAGUUCAUACUUUGAUAUAAUUUCAUAUGCAAGAUUUCUUUUUUCUUUAUUAAAAGUCAGUUUAUUUCUGUUUAACUUUAUUUCUCAAUGUUUAUAAAUUCAUCCACAAUUCAUACAGUACAACACAUGUAACUGAGGUAAAAGACAGAAAGAGUUGCUAACAUGUUUUAGCAUGUUGCUAGCAUGUUUCUGACAUGAUUUAACACUUUGCUAACAUUUUAGCAUGUUGCUGAUGAUAGAUAGAUAGAUAGAUAGAUAGAUAGAUAGAAUCAUUAAUUUAGGCUAUUGUAAACAUAUUUAUUAUAUGUUAGUUCAAACUUAGAUAUAAUUUCAUAUGCAAGAGUCCAUGUUUAUUUCUGUUCAACUUUAUUUCUCAAUGUUCAUCCAAAAUUCAUACAGUACAACACAUGCAACUGAGGUAAAAGGAGUUUCUAACAUGUUUUAGCAUAUUGCUAGCAUGUUUAGCUGGUCACUAGCAUGUUUCUAACGUGAUUUAACACUUUGCUAACAUGUUUCUAACAUGUUUUAACACAUUGCUAGCAUGUUUUAGCAUGUUGAUAGCAUGUUUCUAACAUGCUUUAACACUUUGCUAGCAUGUUUUAGCAUUUUGCUAGCAUGUUUCUGAUUUAGCACUUUGCUAACAUGUUUCUAACAUGUUUUAACACACUGCUAGCAUGUUGCUAACAUGUUUCUAACAUGAUUUAGCACAUUGCUAGCAUGUUUCUGACAUGAUUUAACACUUUGCUAACAUUUUAGCAUGUUGCUGAUAGAUAGAUAGAUAGAUAGAUAGAUAGAUAGAUAGAUAGAUAGAUUAGACUAGUGUAAACAUAUUAUAUGUUAGUUCAAACUUUGAUAAUUUUAUAUGCAAGAUAUCCUUUUUCAUAAUUAAAAGUCAAUGUUUAUUUCUGUUCAACUUUAUUUCUCAAUGUUCAUCCAAAAUUCAUACAGUACAACACAUGUAACUGAGGUAAAAGAAGGCUUGAAGUCCAAAAGUCAUUGAAAAGUGUAAAUAAGUGGGGGGAAAAAGAAAAUGGUUCAAGGAUCAAAAUUAAUGAAAAACAUUAUGUUAACUGACCCCAAACCUUUGUGGUUGUUUAGGGGUUACCCAAAUGAAAAGGUUGGGUGACACCAAUUUAGCGCAUACAGAACAUACGCAGUGUAUCUGGCUCUAUUUCAAGGUUAAUCAUUUUCUUAAUUAGCAUUUAAGCACUGCCCCAAUCCCCCAAAAUCAUGCUGUCCAAUACACCCAAACUGUGUUAGAUAGAUAGAUGACUUUAACUUUUUUUGUUGGGUUCCAGAAGGAAAAAAAAAAUAAAAAUGUGCUAAAUAAAGAACAUCUGAACAGCCCUGAAUCAAGAUGAUUUAUUAAAAAUUUCUAUUGAAACUUUGAAUGGUGUAAUUUUCCCAGUGUCUGGCCUGGGGUUUGACCUCUUUGUCAGCAUACAACUAGACAAGACCGACAUGAGGGUUUGAUUUACUUUACAACCUGCUGUGGUUAUCUCACAUCUCAGACAAGCACUGAAUGCACUGAAAAUUUACUGCUAAUACAGAACUCAAAGCUGAUGUUCCCUGAGAAUCCUGAAAAAACUCAUUGCUCAUCUGUUUUGGAUCUGCUGUCUUACAGGCAAUCCGCUUAAAAAAGUCUGGCUCUUUAAUUCAAGUAAUAAGUAGCAAAAAAAGGCUGCUAACACCUCCAAGGGUGUUAUAUAAUGCAACCCAAAGCAACAUUACAGUGAUUCUUCUUACACAUUACAUUAAAUCUGAAACUAUUUGCACUAU